AUGCUGCCCAUCCCCACCACUCAGGCUGACUGGCGGCUCGUGAAUAUCCUCGGGCGGAACACGGACUGCUACGUUGAAGACGCUUGGCGAAAGUCGCGGGAGUGCCCCUUGUGCCCGGCACUCAAUCACGUCUCCGUGAUAUGUUUGGAGAAGGACCACUUCGGCCAAAUCUUUGACUAUUGUAUGCUGUACGACACCGAAGUCUGCGCCAUGGAGGCCAGCUCGGAGCAGGCGAGCGAGGAGGCUCGUGCAACCGCACUCGAGCAGGCGCUGGAGUUGGAGAACCCGCCCGCCAGGUUUGGCGGGUUCUUGCUCAUGGCCGCUGAGGAGCAACUCUAUUGCGAACGCACGCCGCAGAGACCUCUCAUAGACCCGUACCCGGAGGACCUGGUGGGUCAGGGGCGCAUGGUGCUCGUAGAGGCACUUAUCUACGUCCAUGAUACGUUGCCCGUCCUUUCCAUCCCCCUCGUAGGGGUGCUGGACUGGCUCCAGACCAAGGGCACCAUACCCGGGCCAUCCCAGCAGCCCGUGCUCGCCCAGGUAUUCCCGUACUUCAACCCGUACCAAUCGCCGAGGGACCCGGACGUGUGGACUUCCUUCGACCAAUACAAGCCCACGAUGCAAUCGUUUCUCCCCGCGCGGAUCGAGGAUGCUUUCCCCAUCAAGUUCGAUCCGCGACGGAUCACCGCCCCCCAAUCCUCAAGGUCUCCGGCGUCGAGGUGA